UAUCAAACAAAGUACAUCAGCGAUCGAGUGAUUGUGAGUGUGGCGCAGUGCGUGGGUCAUCGAGUUUUCCCUUUGCAGUGGUGUGAUUUUGUUUCGAUGGUUCGUGGCCUCCAAACCCUAAACAAAUUCAGUGUUGCCUAUACCGAAACUGUCUCUAAUUUGGUACGGUUAUAAGCUGUGUGCGUACAUUUAAAUUUCAAUUUUAUCUCUCGCAUAACGAUGGCUGGUGCUGGAAUCGAUAUCGCAGGGUACAAGACGUGUAGUAGCGACAGUACUGGAGAAGAAGUUGAUGGCAAAAGUCGCUAAUCCGUUUGUGGACCUACACUGUGGAGAGAGUCCAUGCCAGCCGGGGAACCACCGCACCGUUCCUGCUGUCCGCGAGAGGAAUGCCACAAUAGUGCGACAUAGAAAAUAUCGCUCGACUAUGUAUUUGCGUGAUUGCUAAGUGAGGUAAAUAAAAUAACAAACAUUGGCAAGAGUAGGUAAUAAUGGACUGUGAAGUGCAAGUGUUGUGGUCGUGGCAGUGAGUGGAUAAAUAAUUGAACAAAAUGAGAUAUUUUUCUGCAAAAGGUGAACGAAACCGAGUGAAUCCUUUGAUAGACAAGUAGUAGGAUCCCGUAAGAGGAAGGUCGAGCUGAGUUCAAGGAUCAGCUGCGUGUGGUGUGUGUGUUUGCUAGAGGCAGUGCCACGAAAGUAACGAGGACGGAACUUGGGGGGAAUGUUUUCCUUUCUCCUUGCUUUGCUGUCGUAAAUGUCUCAUCAUCUUUUGUUUACACAACUUCUACCGAGCGGAUAUCAGUCACUACUGCGACCAAAGCGGCUAGAAGUAGCUAGUCGGCCGGUGAGGAAAAAACCAGCGUAUUGUCGUAGGUUUAAUCACACCGUGGAAGGUAGAACCAGCAGGAGUUGGAAGUUAUAACAUAAGGUGCGAUCAGAUAGCCGGAGCGAAGAGAGUUAAGAACACUAGUAAAGAUCAACGUGCUGUAAAGUUGACUGCGGCUUUUGUAGAACGGUGCAAAAGGUUGGAAGAUGGCUGAUUUUGAUGCGAUCUAUGAGGAGCAGGAAUUGGCCGAUCCGGAGGAGCUGGAGGAGGCCCAUGUGCAGAUGGUACCGGAUCCAAUUGUCAUACGAGGAGCAGGAAAUAUGACAGUUUUCGGCUUGACCAACCGGUUCAACGCGCAAUUUCCAGCCGGUCUGGUUUCGCGCGUCGCCCCGGAGGAGUUCAAGGCGACCAUCCUGCGGAUCAACGCGAUCCUCAAGAAGACACUUCCUGUAAACGUGAAGUGGCUGUUUUGUGGCUGCGUGUGCUGCUGCUGUACCCUCGGAUGUUCCCUAUGGCCUGUGAUAUGUUUAAGUAAGAGGGCUCAGCACCACCUGAACAAACUGCUCGAGUGGGAGAAUAGUCAUUUGUAUCACAAACUUGGACUGCACUGGCGGCUCAGCAAACAGCAGUGCGAUUCAAACUCGAUGAUGGAAUAUGUCCUCUUGAUAGAGUUUAUACCGAAGACGCCCAUCUAUCGUCCGGACUAGAGCUUUAUUUGAUUGGGAUACGCAGACUAGUUUUGGUCUCUAUAUAAAUUAUAAUUAUUAUUGCUAGUUCAAAUACAUGAUUGUAUUAUGGCUGUUGUUUCGGGAGGGAACGAAAAGCAAAGUUACUAGCAGACUGUUCAGCUAUUUGAGAACUAUUUUGCCGAUAACGUUCAAGUUCCUCUGAUACGAGAGAGAGAGAGAGAUGUGAAGCAGGUGCUGAAGCAAAUAUUUAAAAAAAAUGAUCUAGAUCAAAGAGAAAUAGCUUAGUUUUGGAGCAAGAUAAAUAUUAUUUAGCAAGGAAUUAUCUUGUAUAUAAUUAAAUAAAAUUGUCUGCGAAAGAGUAAAUCGUUCUGUGCGCGACAAAGAAGUUUAUUUUUGUGAUUCGAUGAGACAAAUUUGUUGAUAAAUGUAAAUCAAACUUCCAGAAAUUGCCGCACACGAAAGCUGAAUAAUUUUGAAUAGUGAAAAGCUAACUACGGAACGGAAAGAUGAGACGUAAUGAAAUAAAAUUGAUUAAUAAUAACCACUCAAGUGAUCUUAGAACUGCAACAGCAAAAUGGUGAGUUAAAAUUAAAGAUACUGAUAAAAGGCUUUAUUAGAAACCAACCGUAAAGCAACAGAAAAAAGGAACACAAAACAAAUUCAUCAGAGAGGCGCGAAGUAGUUGUAUAGUGUAUAGAGAUUUGUUUAGCAUGUAAGACGAAUUCAAUAAUAAAAAUGAAAACAAACUAUUUCAA